GAGGAAGAUGACUAUGAGGAGGAGGAGGAGGAAGAAGAAGAGGACGAGGAGGAAGAGGAAAUCGUCUUCAACUGUUCGAAUUGCGCAAUGUCCUUUGAAUCUCAAAAGCAACUCGACAAUCACGAGGAAGAGCAUAAGGAAGAAGAACCGGAAAUGGCACGAAGAUGAGACGAAAACCAAGGAGAGAAUUUAAAGAGACAUUUUUUAAUGCGACGAGUGAUGAAAAUAUUGACAUUGACGUGAAAAUUGAAACUGUCUAUCAUGGAUUUGACGAUAAGGUUAUUUAUUCAAAGAGCGAACCGGACGUCGAUCAAGUGCUUGACAAUCUUCGAAAUACUUGUCCAUUUUGUGAGAAACGAUUCAAGGAUGAGGCGAAAGUUGAGAGGCACGUGAGGGCAGUUCACAAAAGACCUUAUAAAUGUGACUUGUGCCGGAGAUCGUAUUUCACCGCCCGAGUUCUUGAGGAGCAUCGAAAAACGCACAGCAGUGAUUUUUUCUUCGAAUGUUCAAUUUGUCAUCUAAAAUAUAAACGCGAGGAAGGACUUAAGCAGCAUCACAUUCGCGUUCACAGUGAGACUGAGGCAAAAUUCAUGUGCGAUCAUUGUGGCAAGAGGUACAAAUUAAAACUGGAUCUUUUGCUUCACAUCGGCAGAACGCACAUGUGUAAUAUUCAAAUUUGUCGAUUUUGCGGCAAGGCUGUGAAGGAUGUCAAGGGACACGAGUGGCGACAUCAAAAACGUUCACGAAAAUCGAAUAUGGAUUACGUUUGUCAUUUGUGCUUUAAAAAAUUUCGCAGUAAAACAAAACUCGACAAUCAUUUAUUGAUGCACAAGGAGCGAUACACUUGUCAGGAAUGUGGUCUCGAAUUAUCGGGACCCAGUCAAUUGAUGAAUCACAAACUCAAACAUAAACCGGGAAUGACUUGCAGAGUGUGCGCUAAGGUUUUUAUUUCGAGGAGUAAUUUUUAUCAACACGUCCUUACGCACGCCGGUAUCAGGCCUUAUAAAUGUGACGUUUGCAAUGAGGAUUUCACUCAACGUUCGAGUCUUCUUAGGCACAGAAAAAAUCAUCCUGGACCACUUCCACCUCUUCUCACACCGACGCCAAUCGCCGAUCUCGCAAGAAACGUUUUACAAAAACUCUAAAAUCUUUUUUUCUUUCUUCUCGUUUCUCGAUUUUCAAUUUUUUUUUGUUCUGUAAAAAAUUCCCAAGGCUGAAAUUUAUUUAUGUAAAAAUUGUUUUACACCUUUCGCUACUUUACGAAAGCGAAUAACUGACUUCAAAUACGAUCGAUAAAGUGAAAUAAAAGUACAAUAAAAUAUUCUCAAUAU